AGAUGAUAAACGGAACAACGGAGAGAAAGAGCGAAGAAAACAACAUAUUUUAAUACAUUUUCCAAAUACAGAAAAGAAUGAAAAGUUUUUUUUUUACAUUAGUUAGAGUGCAGAGACAAGUAAGAAAAGUUGAAAUCGAAUGGAAAAAAGUGUAUAAAUUUUGUAUUAAAUUUAGAAAAAGAAAUUAAAAUAAUUUUUGUAUAAUAAUAUAAAAAUUAAUAAAAAAAGAAUAAGUGAAUUAGUACAAAGGUUUUGUGAAGUAAUGAAAAUUAACAUAUAUACAACAACAACAAAAAGGAACUAACAAAUACAAAACUAAAAUAUCUUAAAAAGAAAAUUGCCUAAAAACUUUUUUUAAGCAAUUGGCGCUUUAUUGUCGCCAAUUGUUCCCAUAAACGAAGAAGAAAUAAAUAAAGAAAAUAGAAAUUAAAAAAAAAUAAAGUUAAAAAAUAAACUAAACAUCGUAAUAAUUGCCGCAAUCUCUACCACCACUAACCACCACUCACCGCCAAUCAACACAACCACCCAGUGUUUGUUAUUAAAUUUCUUUUAAAACUGUUUGCGUUAAUACCAUCAAAAUAUCUUCAUUCGAAGAAGAUUAUCGGGCUGAUCGGCCCAUGGUGCAACGUGCAUCAUCUUCAGAUGUUCCCUCGGUAUCCGGUGGCCAUCGAGAAUCUCGAUUUGGCCUCGGUUAUUCAUCAUAUCAAAGUGGAUAUAAUAAAUUAUUUACACAGGGUUCUGCCGACUCCAACUAUUCACAACCGUCAUCCGAUCUGUCGCUAGACGAGGAAAAGGAAUCGCUUCGGCGAGAUAAGGAACGUCAGGCCUUAAGCCAGUUGGAUAAAGCAAGAAGUAAACCAGUUGCGUUCGCUGUGCGAACAAAUGUUGCUUACGAUGGUACCAUCGAUGAUGAUUCACCCGUGCAGGGUAAUGCCGUAUCCUUCGAUGUUAGGGAAUUUCUACACAUUAAAGAGAAAUACGAUCAUAACUGGUGGAUCGGUAGACUGGUUAAAGAAGGCUGUGAUGUGGGAUUCAUACCCAGCCCCGUUAAGCUAGAACACAUACGAGUGCAGAAUCAAAACCGACCCUCAAGACUGUAUGGUACAAAAGGCUCAUCCAGUGGGAAUUUAGGCGGCGGUCAAGCAGGUGCGGAGCCAUCACGAGGUAGCACACCCCCUACACCUGAUCCUUAUAGUACAACACCUCGAAAGAAAAAAACAGAUUCCAUGGGACCAGGACGUGGUAAAGCAACACUCGCCACACCGCCCAACAAGGAGAAACGCAAGCCAUUCUUUAAGAAACAAGAGACCGCAUCCCCAUAUGAUGUUGUGCCAUCGAUGCGUCCCGUCGUCUUAGUGGGUCCAAGUUUAAAAGGUUACGAAGUAACCGAUAUGAUGCAAAAGGCUUUAUUCGACUUCCUGAAACAUCGUUUCGAAGGUCGUAUCAUAAUAACACGAGUCAUGGCCGAUAUAUCGCUGGCGAAACGUUCCAUCAUGAAUAAUCCCUCGAAGCGUGCAAUAAUGGAGCGUUCAAGCAGUCGUUCCGAUUGUUUGAGUAAAGUACAGGAGGAGAUCGAACGAAUAUUCGAACUGGCCAGAACGUUACAAUUAGUAGUACUCGAUUGUGAUACAAUCAAUCAUCCGUCACAACUAGCAAAAACUUCACUAGCACCAACAAUAGUUUAUCUUAAAAUUAGUAGUAGUAAGGUUUUACAGCGUUUAAUCAAAUCACGUGGUAAAUCACAGGCAAAAAAUCUUUCCGUACAAAUGGUAGCCGCUGAAAAAUUGGCUCAAUGUCCACCGGAAAUGUUUGAUGUUAUCCUAGAUGAAAAUCAAUUAGAAGAUGCCUGUGAACAUAUUGCUGAAUAUUUAGAGACCUAUUGGAGAGCCACUCAUCCAGAUAUUAAUACGGCUGCCUCUAUACCUAGACCAUUACCUCAGGAAGCUUCACCUACCACAGAACAAGCCCGCAUGGGUCCUACACCACCCGUGGAUGGGGGAGAAGAUCAAAGAGAUUAUAGAAUGAGUUCAAUAGAACGUGAGGGUAGUCGUGAAAGAGAUAUUUCGCGUGAGCGAGAAUGUAGCCGAGAAGCCGAUUAUGAGCGUGAAUUUUGGGAUAAUGAAUUCUCUAAGGGUCGUCGUACGCCCCGGGAACGUCAACGUGAUUUAGAGUGGGAACGCGAGCGGGCAAGAGAAUGGGAAAGAGAACGAGAAAGAGAUUGGGAUAGAGAAUUCGAUUGGGACCAAGGAGGUACUUCCUAUCCACAUAAUCGUCGUCCAGCCUCUGAUCGUCAUCACGAACGUGGUGGUGUCGGCUAUGAACGUGAUCGUUUGGAAAGAGAACGUGAACGAGAUCGUUAUGAACGUGAGCGUGAGAGAGAACGUUUGCAUGCACGCGAUCGUGAUUUAAUGCAUUACGAUCUGAAUAGUGAGGAAUUGUUGGAUGAACGUAACUAUGCUGCCGACUAUCCACCACAUCGGGGAGCGGUAGGAGGCGCUGGUGUAGUGGGACAUAUACCACGUGGCAGCCGUUUGGUAAUGGAUGAUGGUGAUCUCAUGCAUGAACGUGAUGAUUUAAGAGGGGGACGUUAUUCGGCAGGAGCGGCGGCACGUGUUAUAGAUCCAAGAGAUUUACCACCUUCGGCGCCGACAACAAGACGCGGCGCUCCAGUGGUUGAUCGCGAUGAAUACAGUCCGCACCGAGGUGGUGGGAGUAGUAGGAGAAUGCUGAAUGCCAUGUAG